AUUCUUAGAUAUCUGCAUAGAAAUUGUUUCACAGUGAUCUCGUUAAUAUGGCAUGCAUUCAACUAUUGCCCCUUCCCGCAAGAAGACUAGAAGGAAAGGUGGCGUUGAUUACUGGUGGGGCAAGGGGCAUUGGUGCGUGCAUGGCAAAGCUCUUCUGCAAACAUGGGGCAAAAGUGGUGCUUGCAGACAUUCUUGACCAACAAGGUGAAGCAGUACAACGUGAGAUUGGAACUGAAUAUGCAACCUAUGUACACUGUGAUGUGUCCAAAGAAAUCGAUGUUGAAAAUGCCGUUAACGAAGCUAUAUCCAAGCAUGGAAAGCUAGACAUAAUGGUGAACAAUGCUGCAAUAGUAGAUGAGGGUAAACCCAGCAUUGUUGACAACGAUGUCACUGACUUUGAACGUGUUGUUAGGGUCAAUCUGGUGGGUCCCUUCUUGGGAACAAAGCAUGCAGCUAGAGUGAUGAUUCCAGCCAAAAAAGGUAGCAUUAUAACAAUAGGAAGUGUGAGUUCAAGCGUUGGAGGUGUUGCAACUCACGCAUAUACAAGUUCUAAACAUGCCAUUGUGGGACUGGCAAAGAAUACAGCAGCUGAACUUGGACAAUUUGGCAUCAGAGUGAAUUCCCUGUCAUGUUAUUGCAUUAAUAAUGUGAUUUCAAAAGAGUUCUUCAAACUUGAUGAUGAAGGGUUCUCAAAAGUUUAUUCAAAUCUUAAAGGGGUUACCUUGACAGAAGAAGAUGUAGCACAAGCUGCACUCUAUUUGGCAAGUGAUGAGUCUAAGUACGUCAGUGGACAUAAUCUUGCAGUUGAUGGGGGAUUUACAACUAUUAAUCCAAGCUUUGGUUUGUUUUCACAAUCCUAAGUUUGAACCUUUAUCAUUCGUCUACGCAGUUUUCCCUGCUUUUCUUGUUGCUGUGCAACUCUCUGUCAUAUGUAAGAAUAAUUUCCCCAUGGAAAAUAUUGAAUAUAUUUUGUAUGUAAUUUUUCCUCCUUUUUACUGUUACUACAACUAUUUUUUUUCUGUAAUAAACAGUUAGAUAUAUUAUCUAAUAAUGUAACAACAUUU